ACUUUAUUCUCAAAACGACCUUUUUAACCCACAAAGCAUCUCAACGUCAAACAGAAGCCUUCAAGUACAUCUACAUUCAUUCCCUCUUAAAACCCUCACUCUCACUAUCAAACAAAAAGAAAUGGCCUCUUUGCCUCAUCACCACCAUCCCUCCCACCACCACCAGUGCCAACCUCCUGUCCCCUCCGCCCCCAUCACCACCACCACGUGCUGCUGCUGCACCUGCCAUUACAACAAUCGCCCAUCUCCACCACUCCAACAGCUGUCAAUUGACCCACUUCUUCAAUCUCUUGCCUAUCUUCUCCAACAGCAGGAGCAGCAAAGUCCCAAUCUUUCCUCUCCUUACUCUAACAAUAAACCCCAUUUGCACAAAAAUCAUAACCAACGAUUACAUUUUCAGCCACAAAAAUUCAACUUUCAACACUUAAGUGAAGAACAAGACCAAGAUACAAACUCUUUUAUUCUCUCUUCUCUUCUCCAACGAAUCAAAAUUCUUGAGUCCUCUCUUCAACAGUUUUCUGUUUCUAACAGACGUUGCCAUCAUUCUUAUUCUUUGAGAGAGACGGCGGCUCGUGUUAUUCAAACCCAUUUUCGUGCUUUUCUUGUUCGUAGAUCAAGAACCCUAAGUCAGCUACAGGACCUUGCUUCUAUCAAAUCCAGCUUCAAUGCUAUGAAAUCGUCCGUUUUGAAUAACACCCAUUUGAGUCAUGCAGUUGUUUCUCAUAGAGCUAUGGGCUUGCUGCUUAAAAUUGACUCUAUUCAGGGUGGUGAUCCUAUGAUCAGAGAUGGAAAAAAGUCAAUUAGUAGAGAUAUAGUGAGGUUUUUGGAUUUCAUUGAUGGGCUUCCAGGUAAAGGGCAAGGUAGUUCAUUAUACAAACCUGUUAAAAAUGUGAGAUUUAUUAGGAAGAUGAGCAAAUCUAGGGCUUCGAAUUCCAAUGUUGGAUAUGAAGAUUUAAGUAGAAAUCAGAAGGAAAUAGUGGAAAAUUUGAGUGAGAGAGUUGAAAAAAUUCGUGGGUUUUCUAGGGUUUAUGAAAAUGAUGAGGAAGAUGUGGAACUUGAAGGGUUUCAGGAAUUAAUUGAUGAUGAUGAAGAUGAAGAAAAUAUUAAGGUUUCAAAGAUUAGAAACGGGAUUUUGGUGAAAAGCAAUGGUAGUAAACCAAGAGUGAAGAAAUCUGUGAGUUUUGAUGAGGAUGGGAAUGUGUAUAGGAUUUUCAGUGACACCCAUGAGUCAGUUUUGAAUGGAGAUGGUAGUUUCACUGAUGGGAGUGAUUCUAGUGAUGAUCAUGGAGAGACUCUUCAGAAAGAUGAAGUUGUUCAGGAGGAGAAUCCUGCAUCCUCACAGAGCAGUGAUGCUGAGAGGAAUCAUGUAAGGAAUUCAAGAAGUGGUGAAUACUAUGAAAUUAGCAGGUAUUGCCAGGACCAAGAUGGGAAUUUAGUUUUCUCUGCUCCAAUGCCUGUGAAGAUGGAAUCCCGAGCUGAUUUGAUGAAGAAAAGAAAGGCUGUGAAAAUAGUUACAUAGGACAGGAGGGCCAUUUCUCAGGUUUGACAUCUCAAAAUCUUCCAAGUUUUGUAGGUUGUCCCAUUAUUCCACAUUUUUAAUCUAAUUGUCAAUUGUUGGUGUAGAUUAGCAAGUUCUUCAUGUACGGACGUGUUGGUGGGAAUUUGUAUUUAGCUGAUUGUAGGCCUUUCCUGGGUUUAUGUGGGAUUUGUGAGUGUAAUUUGUUGUCUUCUCUAAAAGAUUUUGAAGUGUAGUGAUA